GUUUUGGUUCUGCCGUAUCAUAGACCGUUGUCGUUACAAUGUACCAUCGUCGGAGGCAGCUCGGACCCUUAUCCCUUUCCACCCGCUCAAAGUUCUGCUCCUCUCUAUCCGUCUCUCCUUAAGGAAACGUAUACCUGAAGUACGUUAACAAUGGCGGUUUCCUUAACAGCUCUCACUUCCUCGUUCUCCUCUCUCUCAUUUUCCUCUCAAGUUUCUCAGAGACCAAACAGCCUCCUUUUUACUCGAUCGAAAUCUAUUUCACUCGCGCCCAAGCACACAACCCUCACUAUCUAUGCCACGGUGGCUUCGCCUCCGGAGCUGGAGACGAUGGACCUCAAGAAGCUCGUGAAGUCUAGGCUCCCUGGCGGCUUUGCUGCCCAGCCAAUUAUCGGAACCGGUCGUCGUAAAUGCGCUAUUGCCCGAGUCGUUCUACAGGAAGGUACCGGGAAAGUAAUCAUCAACUACCGUGAUGCCAAGGAAUAUCUGCAAGGUAAUCCAUUAUGGCUUCAAUAUGUGACUGUCCCAUUGGUAACUUUGGGGUAUGAAAGUAGCUACGAUGUAUUUGUCAAAGCCCAUGGGGGUGGCCUCUCUGGACAGGCUCAGGCAAUUUCCCUUGGUAUUGCUAGAGCACUGUUAAAGGUGAGUGAGAACCACAGAGUCCCUCUGAGAAAGGAAGGGCUUCUGACCAGGGACUCAAGGGUGGUGGAGAGGAAGAAGGUUGGCCUCAAGAAAGCUCGUAAAGCACCACAAUUCUCCAAACGUUGAGGUUGGAGUUUACCUUGUCACAUCACUUUUUUAGAGUUUGCUCUCCAAGCAUUCUUGGAAAUCAGUUUGCACUGCUGUUACUGAAAAGAUACUGCUUUAACUUGUAUCUCUCUCCUAGUUGUUACCCCCUGUACUCAUGGUUAAGUUCUAAGUUAUCAUCUUUACAAUAAUAGAUAUCCUCUUUUUAAACAGUUUCACCAUGGAGAUGGACAAGUCGCCAUGUUUCAUAAGUUGUGUGCGCUGAUACUUGUAAGUUGUAACCAGCUUCAGGUGUUGAACAGAUGAAAGGGCACAUGUUUGAUUUGCCCACGGAUAUGAUCUCUUGGAGGGUCAUUUAUUGGGAUUGUGUACAUUUAUAAUCUUUUGUGCAUGCUGAUAACAUGGGCAAGGACCAUUGUAGUAGAAGUUAUCGUAGUUUUUCUUAUUUAUCAGUAUUGGGUC